UCCCCCCCCCCUCACCUCCGCUCGUUCUCCUUCUUUCUUUUCUGAAGCGUUUUUUGGACCAAGUUUUCUUCAGAUCGUCUGGGCUUGGCUUUUUUAAAAUUUUUAUUUUCAUUUUUACUUUUACAAGGCGUUUUAUUUUGUAAUUUAUUUUUUUCCUGAGUGUUGUGGCAAAAACCCGAAAGUGUCAAGCCAAGUGAUUCAGGCGCUCUGCAGGGAGGAGGGGGGGUAAAAAGAAGGAAAAAGUUGCCUUUGUUGCUGGCGAGCUCUCACUACCUUUAUGUGACUGGGGGCAGGCGGCUGAAGAGAGGGUCGGCGUGUCUGCGCCGGCGGCGCCGCUCUCCUGCUUCCCCGCGCUGGUGGGGUUACGAGCGGCUGGAAGCUCCUGUCCCCGCAGCCCCCGUCGGAGGCGGCGCGGGCUGUGCGUGCCGGCGCCGGGCUCUGCCCGUCCCGCUCCCCGCCCGGGGGUGCGCGGGGGCGCCUCCCGGCGGCCCCCCUCCGCCGGUUGCCAUGGUGCCGCGGCCCGGCGUGCUGUGGGCAGUGGCGGCGGCGGCGCUGGCGCUGCUGGUCCGGCGGGCGGCGGCGGCGGCGGCGUUGGCGGGGCCAGUGGUCCGCUGCGAGCCCUGCGACGCGCGGGCGCUGCAGCAGUGCAAGCCCCUGCAGCCCGACUGCGCCGAGCGGGUGCGGGAGCCGGGCUGCGGCUGCUGCCUCACCUGCGCCCUGCGCCCGGGGCAGCACUGCGGCAUCUACACCGAGCGCUGCGGCGCCGGCCUCAGCUGCCAGCCGCGGCGGGAGGAGGCGCGGCCGCUGCAGGCGCUGCUGGAGGGCCGCGGCCUCUGCACCAACGCUACGGCGGGCGGCAAGCUGCGGGCCUUCCUGCUGCCGGGACCGAACGCUGCAGGAAAUUCCAGUGAUUCAGAAGAAGAAGACCGGAGUACCAGCAGCACAGAAAAUCAGGCCGUCCCAAACUCUCACAGGGUGCCAGAUUCCAAAUCUCAUCCGCCACACAUCAAAAUAGAUAUCAUCAGGAAAGUGCAAGCCAAAAAUACGCAGCGCUAUAAAGUGGAAUAUGAUUCACAGAGUACGGAUACACUGAAUUUCUCUUCUGAAUCCAAACAAGAGACUGAAUACGGUCCCUGUCGGAGAGAAAUGGAAGACACUUUAAACCACCUAAAGAUCCUGAAUGUCUUGAGUCCCAGGGGUUUUCAUAUUCCAAAUUGUGACAAGAAGGGGUUCUACAAGAAAAAGCAAUGUCGCCCAUCCAAAGGCCGAAAGAGAGGUUAUUGCUGGUGUGUGGAUAAAUACGGACAACCGCUUCCCGGGUAUGAUGGGAAGGGAAAAGGAGAUGUCCACUGCUAUAACUUGGAAAGCAAAUGAGGGCUGGGUGCCAGCUCUUCUGGCAUCUGUGCGUGGCCACCGGAGCUCACAGAGACCUUGGAGGGGCUGGGCAAACACUGUGGACUGCGUUAUGCGUGGAGUAACGAGCUCUGCCUCCUGCAGCGGAUGGGGAGUCGCAGCCUCUGCGGACGCUGCUGCAGCUGCACCCUGUCUCCGACACGCGUUGGGCUUCCUUUAGGACGUGUAGGGAGCUCUGAAUUCUCACGUAAACCUGCACUAUUGAUACCCAGAGAGAAAAACAAAAGGCACUUCAGAAUGGAUUCAGGGAGUCUCCACUGACUUUUUAAAGAACGGCCUGUGACCAAUUUGAUCCCGAAAGAUACUGGUUUUUUAUUUUAAAGAAUUUAUAGAUUGUAAGCUUGUAAAAGUAUUAAAUUAAAAAAACCAACAAAACAAAACAAAAAAAAAAACCACAAGGAUUUUUUAAAAAAAAUAAAAAAAGCUUAAAGGUUAAGCUUUUUUUACAGGUCUGACGGGAAACAUUUUCACGGGUAAAAAGUUUUAUAGAAAUCUCAACUUUUUAAAGAAACAUAUUUCUAAAAUAAAGACAUGGCUAUUUUUUCUGUAAAAUAUAUUAUGAAUAUUCUGCUAGUCUGUAUUUAAUAUAAUUGUUUUUUAAUAAACUUUAUUUAAAUGUAACAUGUGAAUACCAAAUACUACACAAUAAUUCUAGUGUAUACUUCUGUAUGCAAAGAGAAAAUAAGGAUAUGGAAUGAUUUACAAAUAUGUAUAGAUCCAUAUGCACACACAGUGACCUAUUAUAGAUAAUAGAAAUGAAUUUGUGGAGCAAAAGAAGUGUUUGGAGAAGAGAUUAAGUUUUGUUAAUUGAAGUAACUACAAAUACCAAGAUAAUAUUUUUUUUUUAUUGUUAUUAUUUUAUUGGUUUUUCUAAUGUACCCAUCACUGAAUUAUGCCACUGGAAAGGGUAACAGUUGCACUGAAGCUCUCAGUAAAGCAUUCUUCUGUCUGUCCUUCGCUUCAGGGCUUGCGUUUCCUCCGUUUCUUGCUCACACUAAUACAGGAUAUUCACGGACAAAAAAUUGCUAUUACAGUACCACCCUUCUAUUCGCUUAUUUAUUUUGAAAAGCUGUAUCUAUUCUGUGUUGUCUUGGUGCACUCUACCAAAGCACGUAUUCUGUAUGGGGAACUCCUGUUGAAAACAACGCUGACAAGAUGGGGGAUCGUGGUUGAGACCCCAGACUUCGUUUAUACUACACAAAAUUGUUGCUUGCAUUGACAUUGGUAGAAAUUAUUUGCCUGCAUCUAAGCAUAGAAUAAGAAUCGUUGGGUUUAAAUAUUUAAAGCAACUCUCUGCCGUGAUGUUAUAUGUCCUUUUAAUCGGAAGACAAGUGAUUUGGUUUCGUUAUGGUAUGUGACGCUUUCACAUAAGGAGGACUUUGACAGCAUUAUUUUUUUUUUGAGGCUGAUUGUUUACUGAACUUCGUGACAAAUUCUGUAUGACAAUGGAAUCUGGAUAAGGAAAGGUGGCCUGUGAAAUGUAACAUCUCUCUGGAAAGUAAUGCCAUAUUUUGUAUAUGUAUUUAUUUAUAUAUUUUAUAUAAAUAUUUUAUAUAUUUAUAUAAAUAUAUAAUAUAUUCUUCUAUGUGUCACUAUAAAUGUUUGAUGUCACUGUAGAAAAAAGAAACCAUCAACACUAUAAUUUCCUGUUGGGUUGGGAGCUCUAUGGAGACUGAGGGCAGCGUGUUCCCAGACGAUGGGGCCAGGGGUUGUGCUGACGGAGGGGGGCACCACAGGGCCGAGGAGCCCGUUCCUCUGUGCCCCGUGAAUUACAACUACCCUUGUUCCUGCCAGCAACGGCAAAUGUCUUGAAACUGUGACGUGGAAAGGUUUUGGGUAUUCAACUCAGCAGGCUCAAGACGGCCAAUCCCCAUAAAUCAGAUGUUUAAAGCCUCACCCUGGAAUGAGUUAGUGGAACCGCCUUGUGUGCGUUCUGCACAUCUUCCUGAUUUCUGUCUGAUGAAUUGAGUUCACGUUAUCAUCAGUACUGAAACUUUUUAACCUUACAGUAAGGAAAAAAGUACACAUGGAGUGAUGCUUACUCCAGGCUAAUACAGAUUUCCUGACAGAUGGCUACAGAAAGCUUUGUGAGGUGAAGAUUUACUGCAAUAUUUUUUUACUGCUAAUGCAAAUGUAAUGCCUGCAGAGAUUUGUCGGCAAAAAAAUAAAUGCUGGGCCUUUUUUUUUUUUUAAGUUGUAAACAAGUUCCUUUCAAAUAAUUUCACAGAGGGAAGAAAAUUAUAUACACAACAAUAUUUGGGCACAUAACCAUGGAUAUGAAAAUAGGGGAUUCAUGAAAGUGAGUUAGUAUUUUGCCUUUUUUUUUCUUGUCGCUAUCUUGUGAGCCUUAUGAAAAGGAAAAGAAGCUUUUCAUCAAAAAAGGUGGAUAGCUGCCUUGCAAGCCACCUUUUGACAGUAUGCCAGUUGUUUUAACAGCCUGUGGCAGUAUUCCUGAUUGAUGCAUUUUGUCAAGUUUUUAAGCUUUUUAUGUUUUGCUCUACCAUUAAAACCAAAUAACUAUGGAAGAAGCUGGCUAGUAAAGGUCAUUAAGUGAUACUAAAUUCUCUAAUCUAAACCUUGUUUUUUAAAAAAUACUACAUCUCAAGGAACUCAGACUGUUCAAAGCAAGCAAUCUGUCACAUUAUUAUUUAGGCGUUAUUUAGGAAAUUGCAUUCAGCUCCUUUAGUGGUACUAAUGGUCUUUGCUAUAAUAGAGAAAACACACAGCCAUAAGGGGAAAGAAAAAAAAGAAUUAUGUAGUUCUGCAAGUCAGUUUAGUUAUUUUGCUUCCAACAAUUGUCUAUAAAACAAAGACUGUCUAAAAAUAGCCCCCCCCCAAAAAAAAAAAAACCCCACUCUCCUGUAAUUUAAAGCUUCCCUUUUUCAGAAGUUGCCUUUUAGAUAUUUUUUACAAGCACAGUUGCUUGCACUAGUAUUGGAUACUUCCCGUUGUCUAUCUAAUGUUCCUGGCAGCUGGUAUUCUUGGUAUGAAAUGCAAAAUAACAUUAUUUUUCCCCCAAAAAAAAUUCGUCCUCUAAAAUGAAGAGAAUCGGUGGCUUUUUCUCCUUGUUUCUGUUUUUAUUUUUGUUUUACAUUCCUAUUUCUAUGAAGACAAGGGUUCAAUUCAAUAGACAAGUUACUUGUAAUUCAAAGGUUUUUCUCGUGACUGGGAGAGCCAGGCUGCGAUUCAAAUAAGAAUAUGUGCGGGCUACAUCCAAGCAGCAGAGUAUUGGCAGCACGGAGCAAAUGUAUGGGUCAGGAUCAGUUCAGGGAAGGUCUCCUUCCAUGCACAGGUUAGAAACAUUUCCUGCUAAGAACUGCAAUGAUUGGAGGACUUUGGUUUUGGUGGCAAAAAUGGAACCAAUGCAUUCAAAAAAUACCUCUUGUUUUGGUGCCUUCACUGCCUUCAGCUCAGGUAUUUUGGUGUUUUUAAGUGAACAUUUUUUCAGCUUUUUUUUCUGAUUUUUGACAAGCUUUUUCAAAAACCUCAUGUGAUAUGGGUAAAUGUUAUGAAGUCUCAGAAAAAUCCUUGUAACUGCUAACGUUAUUUACGUGUCAAUUAUGUGCAUUGGAAGGCACUACAAAAGCUUGUGUGUACUGCAAAAGUUGCUGAUUUCUUUUUGAGCAUAUUUAAUCUCUAGAUGCUACAUGGGUACCAUAUGUAGCCCAGAUUGAUGUGGUAAGUAUUUAUUUUAACCAGUGUAAUAAAUAGUUACAUAAAUCCCUGUAAUUGACCAGAAUGCAAGUUCAAGCUGCCUGCAGGCAGUUCUAUUAUCUUUCGAACUACUUGAGAAAGUUCCCUUUUUUAAUAGACCUACUGUGUUAUAGUCUCUUGAGCUCAGAAUAUCCUUUUUCACCUUUUUGGCAUGCACGCCCUUCAGGGCAUAAUGUUAGCUAUUUGUGCACAGGGGAAGGAGGCUUCAAUGAAUACCAAAACCACAGAAUUAAUUAGUUUUUAGUACAGUCUGAACUUCUUAUGACUAAAUUCCAUAGAAACCUUAACACAGCGUAAUUCUUUAUUGAACUGAGCCCUAAAUUUAAGUAAUGGUUUUACAAACCUUUUGGGAAAUCAUUUUUUGGUAUCUCUAGUCGCUCUCUAAAACUGUGUAAGCAAGGAUGGCUCCACAGAGAUUUUACGUAUUAGCAAUAGGAAUUAUAUUUAAAGUAUGAGAAGCGGUGAGCAAUUUUCCUGGAUGCCAAAGCAUAUUAGUAUUCAAAAUGAAAUGUUUGUAUGGGUAGCUGUUUUGAACGUGGUUGUAUUAGGUUUGCAUGGCAAGGUUCUGGUAGUGGAGGGGCUACAGGGGCGGCUUCUGUGAGAAGCUGCUAGAAUCUGCUUCCACUAUGUCUGAUAGGGCCAAUGCCAGCUGGCUCCAAGAUGGAACCACCACUGGUCAAGGCUGAGCAGAUCAGCGAUGGUGGUAGCGCCUCUGUGAGAAUGUAUCUAAGAAGGGGGAAAACAUCCCAACUGUGCCAUUACAGCCAAAGAGAUGAGUGAGAAUAUGUGAGAGCAACAACUCUGCAGACAGCAAGGUCAGUGAAGAAGGAGGGGGAGGAGGUGCUCCAGGCACCAGAGAAGAGAUUCCCCUGCAGCCCAUGGUGAAGACCACGGUGACACAGAUGUCCCCCUGCAGCCCAUGGAGGUUAAUGGUGGAGCAGAUAUCCACCUGCAGCCCAUGGAGGACCCCACGCUGGAGCAGGUGGAUGCUCCAAGGAGGCUGUGACCCCAUGGGAAGCCCGCGCUGGAGCAGGCUCCUGGCAGGACCUGUGGAGAGAAAAGCCCACUCUGGAGCAGGUUUGCUGUCAGGACUUGUGACCUGGUGGGGGACCCACGCUGGAGCAGUCUGUUCCUGAAGGACUGCACCCCAUAGAAAGGACCCACGCUGGGGCAGUUCAUGAAGAACUGCAGCCCAUGGGAAGGACUCAUGUUGGAGAAGUUUGUGGAGAACUGUCUCCAUGGGAGAGACGCCAUCCUGGAGCAGGGGAAGAGUGUGCAGAGUCCUCCCCCUGAGGAGGAAGGAGCGGCAGAAACAACAUGUGAUGAACAGACCACAACUCCCAUUCCCCAUCCCCCUGCGCCACUCAGGGAGAGUAGGUAGAGAAAAUCGGGAGUGAAGUUGA